AUUAACUGGAAAAGACCAACUAAACACACCUGUCCAGUUUUCAUGGAUGGACCUGGAAACUUUGAAUCUGGUUAAGUGACUUGCUCGGAGUCCCAGAAUAUACAAGUGGAGGACAUGGGAAUGCAGUCCAGUGUGUAAAGGUGGCCUUAAAAGACAAGCAAAUCCGAUACUUCAUUCAUUACAGUGGAUGGAAUAAAAACUGGGAUGAAUGGGUUCCAGAAAGCAGAGUACUCAAAUAUGUGGAUACUAACUUGCAGAAGCAAAAGGAACUUCAGAAGGCUAAUCAGGACCAGUAUGCAGAAGGGAAGAUGAGGGGUGCAGCACCAACAAAGAAGACAUCUGCUGUACAGCAGAAGAGUAUUGACGUGAAAACGAAAAAGAAUAAACAGAAACCUGUUUUUUCUACCUGCCAAAAAGAAUGUUGAUUCCAUUUUGGAGGAUUACGCAACUUACAAAAAAUCCCGAGGAAACAGUGACAACAAAGAAUAUGCUGUAAAUGAAGUUGUCGCAGGAAUAAAGGAGUACUUUAAUGUCAUGUUAGGCACUCAGUUACUCUACAAAUUUGAAAGGCCACAGUAUGCUGAAAUUUUAGCAGAUCAUCCAGAUGCUCCCAUGUCACAAAUCUAUGGAGCGCCACAUCUGCUGAGGCUGUUUGUGCGGCUUGGUUCCAUGUUGGCCUACACGCCUCUUGAUGAGAAGAGCAUGGUAUUACUACUGAAUUACUUACAUGACUUCUUAAAAUAUUUAGCAAAGAAUUCGACCACCCUGUUCAGUGCCGGUGACUAUGAAGUUGCACCACCAGAGUAUCAUCGCAAGGCUGUAUGACCUGUACUCUUCAAGUCGGCCGCACUUUUUGCGGCUGUUAUUUUCAGUGAAAAUAUUUUAGUAUUUGAAACCUUCAUUACUAUGUAAGCUACAUUGUUAAAUAUAUGAUUAAAUGGAGAUGAGUAAUUUUGUUUUCGGACUGAACCGUGUAUAGUAUAUUAACAGUUGAGGGUCAAAAAUGUUAUGUAUUUCAUACUAUUUAGAAAAAGAAGAGUGCAAAAUUACAUUAUAAAUCAGUUCAUUGAUCUGAUCCACACUCACAUGACUUGAGGCCAUAAAAAUAUUUUCAAGGUUUGAUGGAUGUUGCAUGAAUUAUUAACUUUUGUUUCAGUACAGUAUGAUUGAUGCUGUUCAACUGAGCUCAGUUAUUCCAUAAACCAAUGCACAUUGAUGUAGAGCCAGUUGUUAAAUUGUAUUUCACAAAGUAAGAGAGAGAGAGUCUUGUUGUUAAUAUGAACUUCAUACAGUGCUCUUGUUCCCUUGGUUUCUGCAAUGUGCAGACUUUGUAGCAGCUGCCAUUUUGAUGUCAUUCUGUGAUGUUUUUCUUUUUGUAAUAUUAAAAUGUUUAUGAUUAUACCAGCAUGUAUUCUAAAGUUUUGUAAUAUUACAUGCAUGAAUAAGGAACAUUUUGAUAUGUAACAUUUUAAUAAAGGAAGAUUCGGAAUA